UCCAUCAUGAGCCCAUCCAGAGGCACAUAACUACACUGUCUGCCCCGUCGACCUGAGUCGGUCUUCCAGACCAGCAUCCAUCUGCGUCGUCGAUUUUCAGAAUGGCCCGGCUGCUUGUCCUCCUCUCCUUCUUCCUGGCCCUGGCGGACCCCGUGUUCGCCGCCUUUGGCUACACAUCCUCCGGAGGCAACUACAUUGUCGACGCGGGAUCGCCCAACCCCCUCGUCUUCAGCGUGAGCCAGUCCAGCUGCGACAUCAACUCCAUCAAGUACCGCGGCAUCGAGCUCCAGAGCACCGAGAAGAACUCGCACAUCGGCUCCGGGCUCGGCAGCGCCCGCGUGUCCGUCCAGCAGGGCGCCGGCGCGGCGCGAUGGAUCAAGGUCACCUGCGAGACGGACACGCUGACACACUAUCUCGUCGUGCGCGAGGGCGACAGUACCAUCUUCAUGGCGACAUACAUCACCGCCGAGCCUAGUGUCGGCGAGCUGCGCUUCCUCGCCCGCCUCCGAUCCGACGUGCUCCCCUAUGAGUACCCCUUUGGUGUCGUCUCGACGACCGGCGGCGCCUCGUCCACCGUGGAGGGCUCCGACGUCUUUGUGGUCAACGGCCAGACACGCUCCAAGUUCUACUCGUCCGAGCGCUUCAUCGACAAGGACGCCCACUGCGUCUGGGGGGAGAGCCCCGAGAUGAUACACGCCUGCAUGCUCGUGCCGCAGUACGAGUCGAGCUCGGGCGGCCCCUUUUUCAGGGACAUUGAGACCAACAAUGUCGGCUCCAAGACCACCAACAUCUUCAACUACAUGAACUCCGGCCACGUGCAGACAGAAAAGUUCCGCACCGGCCUCCACGGCCCCUACUACCUCCAGUUCUCCCGCUCCGGCAUCCCCAAGCUUCGCGAAGCGGAUGUUUCAUGGAUGUCCAAGCUCGGUAUGAAGGGCUACGUCGCCAGCGCCGACCGUGGAAGCGUCUCGGGCCGUGCCUCGGGCAUCGACUCGUCCCAGCACAGCAUCGUUGUCCACUGGUUCAACGACGCCGCCCAGUACUGGACCUACGCCGCGGCCAACGGACAGUUCACCUCGCCCGCCAUGAAGCCCGGCACCUACACCCAGGUGCUCUACCAGACCGAGUUUGAGGUCGCGCGGACGUCCGUCAGCGUGUCCAGGGGCAACACCGCCACCAAGGACAUCGCCUCGUCCCUGCCGUCGAGGAACUACAUCUGGCAGAUUGGCAAACUGGACGGCCAGCCGGUCGGGUUCCGCAACGCGGACAAGUUCCUGCGUAUGCACCCCUCGGACGCGCGCAUGGCCGCCUGGGGCCCCCUGACGUACACAGUCGGCUCCUCCUCGGACAACGACAUGGCCAUGGCCAUCUUCAAGGACGUCAACAACCCCCAGACCAUCAAGUUCAACCUCGCCAGCGCGCCGUCCGGCACAUCGACCCUGCGAAUCGCCACCACGCUCAGCUUUGCCGGCGCCAGACCCCAGGCCACCGUCAAUGGCUGGGCGGGCGCUAUUCCUUCUGCGCCCACCAAGAUUGACUCGCGCGGCGUGACGAGGGGGGCCUACCGAGGACUGGGUGAGGUAUACGACCUGACGAUUCCUGCGGGCACGUUGAAGAGUGGUGCCAACACGAUUACAAUCUCCGCCGUCUCUGGGAGCGGUGGCUCGGGAUUCUUGAGUCCUAAUUUCAUCCUCGAUGCUGUUCAGCUUUUCUCUAAUUAGUUGGCCAGCGCCAAUACCGGCAAGAUGGCGCAAAUAAAGAUUCAGUCUUGACGAUUGCUGCACGAUCUCCCGUACACGUGUAAACGAUGCUGUUGUUGUGGUCGUGAUUGGUCUGCACCUACAUGAUACAUAUUGCCAUGAUCCUCCAUCCAGAUGUGAUGCCCCAGAUCAG